AUGCACAACGAAGAGGUUCUUGAAGACCUAAAGGCUGCGGAUAUCACAGAUGCUAAAUGUAUAACGCAACACCCAGGAUUUAAUUGCUUUUGUUUGCAAAAGUGGAGUUUAAAGAUGUCUGCAGAUGGCUAUAAAACCAAAAGUAAAGCCAGAUAUCGCCAACUGGAGGGAGAGAACAG